AUGGGUACGCCAUCAUCCAACGACCAGUCUCAGAAGCCCCCAAGUCCUGUCACUCAGGUCAAGUCCACGCCUGAUCAUAUGGAGACUCUCACGGACCAGGAACGCGAUAUCUUGUUCUUGAAGUCCAUGGCGGAGCAACAACUCAGAAGACAACAGAGUGCUUCAGUACGUACUCUUACUUGGGACGAGUUCAUGGAAGAAUUGCUUAACAAGCUAUCGGAGCCCAAGAGGCUAUCGGAACCCGAUAUUCAGAGCCGACUAUAG